AUGGUUCGACUAUCAAGCCUCGCCGCGGCCGUCUCGUGGCUGCAACUCAGCUCAGCCUGGUUGCCAAGUGAAAGGCCAGAGGGCACUUUAAACAAGAAGUGGUUACCUGGAUCAGGGAAAAUCAGGGGUGUCAAUCUUGGCAGCCUGUUCGUCUUUGAGCCAUGGAUUGCCAACAGUGCUUGGACUGGACUAGGCUGUGAAGAUUCGCCGGACAGGGGGUCCGAGUUCGACUGUGUGUCGAAGCUUGGCCAGGAGCAAGCGGAUGCCGCUUUCCAAGGUCACUGGGGAUCGUUCAUCACUGAGUCGGAUCUCGACGAGAUGAAGAGAUAUGGCAUCAACACCAUUCGCAUCCCUCUCGGCUACUGGCUCGACCGGUCACUGGUCGAUAGCUCGGAGAACUUCCCCCAGGGCGCUGAGGAGUAUCUGGUCAGAAUAUGCGGCUGGGCUACUGCGCGCGGCCUAUACAUCAUCUUGGACCCAGGCUUUUACAACGAGUACAACUACGGUCGAGGUGUCAAGUUCCUCCAGUAUCUCACCAAGUUGGCGCACGAGAGGCCAGAGAUGGAGAACGUUGGUAUGAUUGAGGUCCUCAACGAGCCCGUCCCACUGGGAUCAGCCAUCCGCCAGGUUGAGAGAGACCUCAACGUCAGCCCCGACGACCAGUUCCACAUUCAAAUGAUGGGCACCGGCUGGGGGGCCGGUAACCCGGUUGAGUUCCUCAGCGACACGCAGCUCACGGCGUUUGACGAUCAUCGUUAUUUGAAGUGGGCCAACCGUGACGAGGUUCCCCUCUCGCACGAGAGUUUCAUCUCCACGUCUUGCAGUGACAAUCUCAGCCGCGACAGCGCAGGUCCCACCAUCAUCGGCGAGUGGAGCCUCAGCGUCCCAGACGACGUCCAGUGGAGCGACGGGUGGCAUCCCGAGUCGCAGAAGGACUUCUACCGCAAGUGGUUCGCGGCGCAGAUUCACUCGUACGAGACACGAGCUGAGGGCUGGGUCUUCUGGACGUGGAAGACGCAAUUAGGUGAUUAUCGCUGGGGAUACAAGGACGCUGUGCCAGCUGGUGUCAUCCCGGAGGAUAUUGACGAGGCCCUGAACUCGGGCGUGUGUGGAUGA